UAUCUAUCAUUAGCAGUUUGGUCAAUUUCAGACUCGUCUCUUGGUUUCACAUUGAAAUUCAAACUUUCCUUUUUUUUACCUCUCUAAUGGAAGUCUCUUCUUUUCAUUUUCCAACCCAAGAAAGCUAUUCCAACUUUUACAACCUCUCUUCACAAACCCACGACACCACUCCCAAAAGGCGGCGAACAAACGACGACGCAGUCGCCCCAUUCAUGCUCUUACAACAACAACAAGAAAAUUCAGACCAAGGAAAUAUUUCGAUUUUACAUUCCGAUAUUCACCACCACGAGUCCCUUGUCCGAGCCUUCUACAAUCACAAAGCUCAAGCCAUGAACGAGUACUUCAACGAUUUUCAAGGGUUUUGUUCCGAUUUGGACGAAUCCGAAUCCAAAAAAGCUCGCCGAGAAUCCACAAGGGCUUCAAUUGCGUCUCAGAGAGAUUUUCAAGGGGUUUCUUCGGAUUUGGAAGAGAAAUUCGCUAGUGGUGUUGUUGCCAAUGCUCCAAUUGCUUCUGAGAGUAAUGAUUUUAAACAAAUUCGAACCAAAAAAGGUGUUGCGAGUGCUUCAAUUGCGUCCGAGACUAAUGUUUCCGAUGGUGGCGCCGUCGCUGCUUCCGGUGGCCAGAACAGGCGGUUGUGGGUGAAGAACAGGUCGAAAGAGUGGUGGGAGCUGUGUAACCACCCGGAUUUCCCCGAAGAUGAGUUUCGUCGCGCUUUUCGAAUGAGCAAGGCCACGUUCGAAAUUAUUUGUAAUGAGCUCGACUCGGCAGUGACAAAAAAAGACACAAUGCUUCGCUUGGCGAUCCCGGUUCGCCAACGUGUCGCGGUCUGUAUAUGGAGAUUGGCCACCGGUGAGCCUCUUCGCCUCGUGUCCAAGCGAUUUGGGUUGGGAAUUUCGACUUGUCACAAGCUUGUUCUUGAGGUUUGCUCAGCGAUAAAGACUGUUCUAAUGCCUAAAUUCCUUCAAUGGCCUGAUGAGAUCAAAUUGAAGGAGGUUAAAGAUGAAUUUGAAUCCAUUUCUGGAAUACCCAAUGUGGGUGGAUCAAUGUACACAACACAUGUUCCCAUUAUUGCCCCAAAGAUCAGUGUUGCAGCUUAUUACAAUAAGCGACACACAGAGCGAAACCAAAAGACUUCUUAUUCGAUUACCGUUCAAGGAGUUGUCGACACUAAAGGGGUUUUCACCGAUGUUUGCAUCGGUUGGCCUGGCUCGAUGUCUGAUGAUCAAAUAUUGGAAAAAUCCGCGUUACAUCAACGCGCAGACCGGGGACUUUUGAAAGAUGUUUGGAUUGUGGGAAAUUCCGGGUACCCAUUGAUGGAUUGGGUUUUGGUUCCUUACACACAUCAAAACCUUACUUGGACUCAACACGCGUUCAAUGAGAAAAUUGGAGAGGUUCAAAGUGUUGCCAAGGAGGCUUUUAAGCGGUUGAAAGCGCGGUGGAGUUGCUUGCAAAAGAGAACUGAGGUGAAACUGCAGGACUUGCCAGUUGUUCUUGGCGCGUGUUGUGUUUUGCACAACAUAUGUGAGAUGAGGAAUGAAAAAAUGGAAGAUUCAGAGAUGAAUUUCGAUCUGUUUGAUGAUGAGAUGGUUGCGGAGAAUUGUGUAAAGUCUAUCACUGCAGUGCAAGCUAGGGAUCACAUUGCUCACAAUCUCUUGCACCAUAAUUUUGCAGGCACUACUCUUCUAUAGUGAACUAUACUAGUAGUUAUGUUUUGGUUUUGAUUUUAGUAUUUUUUAGAUAUGCUAUUGAUUCUUUAUCCAUGGCUUGUAUCGUCAUGUUAUAGAAUAAUGUCAUUUGUAUUAUUUUUUCUUCAGUUUAAAUAGAUGGAUUAUUUUCUCCUCUA